ACAACUGUCACUUUGUGGUACACUUGUCACCUGACCACAUUUUCCAGAACCGUGAAAAUUGUGAAAUUGUGUGAAAAUGGAAGCAGAACCUGGUGAAAUAUGCACGGAAAUUGAUUCAUCAGAGUCCAAGAUAUUAUGCUGCGAAUGUGGCAUUGCCAUUGUUCCCAAUCCGGCUAACAUGUGCGUAGGAUGUCUCCGGACACACGUGGACAUCACCGAAGGGAUUCCCAAGCAGGCAGUCCUGCAGUUCUGUCGGAAUUGUGAGAGAUACCUUCAGCCACCGAGUGAAUGGGUUCAGUGUUCAUUGGAAUCCAGGGAACUCCUAGCCGUUUGCCUGAAGCGCCUGAAAGGUCUCAAGGAGGUCAAACUCAUCGAUGCUGGAUUUAUCUGGACAGAACCCCAUUCGAAGCGCCUAAAGGUAAAGUUAACAGUUCAGGGGGAAGUUUUAGGAGGGGCAGUCCUUCAGCAAAUUUUCGUAGUCGAGUACACAGUAAACAAUCAGAUGUGCGAUGAUUGUCACCGGACAGAAGCCAAAGACUUCUGGAGGUGCGUUGUGCAGAUCAGACAGAGGUCAGAGAACAAAAAAACCUUCUACUACCUCGAGCAACUGAUCCUCAAGCACAGAGUCCAUGAAAAUACCCUCGGGAUUAAGCCAAUGCACGGUGGACUCGAUAUGUACUAUGCCAAUGACAGCCACGCCCGAAGAAUGGUCGAUUUCCUGCACACAAUGCUCCCGGUGAAAACCUCAACGUCCAAGAGGCUAAUCUCUCACGAUAUUCACAGCAAUAGCUACAACUACAAGUACACCUUUGCCGUGGACAUUGUCCCCGUGUCCAAAGACAGUUUGGUGUGCCUCUCGAAAAAGAUGCAGCAGCAACUGGGAAGUAUCUCUGCCCUGUGCCUCGUGAGCAGAGUAGCCAAUACCAUUCACUUAAUCGAUCCCCUUUCGACCCAAUUAGCCGAACUCAAUAGCACAGUCUACUACCGAAAUCCCUUUGAGCCCAUUUGCAAUCCCAAAUCCCUCCAGGAAUACAUUGUCAUGAACAUUGAAGUCAUCCCAGAUAGGAACAAACCCUCAUUUCCCGGUCAAGGAAAAAUUUCCCACAAGCAUCUUCUCUGUGACGUCUGGCUGGUCAAGGCUGCCGAACUAGGACUCAAUGACAACACAAUCCACACGAGAUCUCAUCUCGGUCACAUCCUAAAACCCAGCGACACAGUCCUAGGAUACAAUCUCGAAGAUGCCAACAUCAACGAUGACAACUUCGAAAAAUUGGACAAAACCCGCGUCCCCGAUGUGAUCAUCGUCAAGAAAUCCUACGGAGAUUCCAGUGACAGAAUCAAUUCCCGCAGAUGGAAGCUAAAACACAUCCCCGACUACUCCGCCAACAUGGAUACCGACACCAAGGAAUACCAUGAAUUCCUAGAUGACCUAGAAGAAGACCCUGCCUAUCGCCAACACGUCAAUAUCUACAAAGACCCCAGUAAAAUGAUACCAGUGGACACCAACGACAUGGACGAUCCAUCAAUUCCAAGGAUAACCCUCGAAGAGAUGCUAGAUGAUCUGGCGCUGGAUGAUGUUGACAUGGAAUAAACAUUUAUUUCACCUCGCACUCCUACAAUUUUUUUUCAUUUUUUUUUAAACCCCAUGUGGGGCAGAAUUUUUAAGUCUCACAUUUUUUUUACACUAUUGUAAUCCACUUUAUGCAGAAUGAAAUUUUUUUUUUCAAAAUAAAUUAUCCUUAAUUCAAAAAAA